ACUCUUUCCCCGGCCUUCGCAGGCUCCCGACCUCCGUCAGCGACAGCGACGGGCGCGUCUCCGUCCAGAUCCAGGCAUCCUGUCACCGGACCUCGGCCUCUUUCCCUUCUCCCGCAGGCAUCCUCUUCGCCCUCGUUCCCGCCGGGUUGCGACUGAGUGGAGGUCCAUCCGGACUGGUGUUGAUUUCUUCUUCUCUUGCCGAUGGCCUCUCCGAAUGGUCCUGCUACUCCUCCGAUGGUCAUGUACCCCUUCUACCCCGCUGGGGCGUUUCCCCAGCAAGCCGGGGAUGAUCAGGCUCAGGGUCCGGGGAUAUAUGCCAUACAGCAGAAUCAACUAGCGGCGGCCAUGGGAAUGGGGCGCUAUGCUCCAACUACACUCGUACCACUCACCUACAAGAUCCCAGCGGAAAGCAUCGGUGCUCCAGCUGGUGAAGGGAAUGUACAGGAUGCUAUGCAGCAAAAUGGACCUCAAAGACAAGUUGUUGUUAGGAGGUUUCACUUCGCUUUUCAGCUUGACCUGGCCCUGAUCAUCAAACUAGCAGCAGUGGUCUUUCUGUUUAGCCAAGAAGGCUCAAAACAAAGGCUGUUUCUUCUCAUACUGUUUGCAUCAUUGAUUUACUUAUAUCAAACUGGAGCAAUUACACCUUUUGUAAGAUGGCUUCAGCGGGCGGGAGGGGCGGCUGCUCGUCCACCACAGGCUCCUGCUCGGGUGGAGAACCGUGCUCUUCUCCCUGCUCAGAAUGAUGGCAAUGACCAACCUAAUGACCCUGCGAACCCUGAUCAAGCUGCAGAGAACCAGGAACCGGGGGCUGGAGCUGGUAACGAGAACCCACAAGUGGCAGAGGGAGAAGGCAACCGGCGCAAUUGGCUUGGAGGCAUCUUGAAAGAGGUCCAGCUGGUUGUUGUAGGAUUUGUUGCAUCACUUCUUCCUGGUUUUCAGCACAAUGAUUAGGCCUCAUCUCGUCACUGUGGAAUAAAUUAACGGCAGUGAUAUAGUUAUUGUGACAUAGGGAGAAAAGAAACAAUUAUAUGAAGCGGCUCAAAGAUUUCUGUUUAUACAUCAAUGUGUGGUUGUUGUUAUUGUUGUUUUGCUUCAUUUGCUUUAUUUUCUCCUUGAUGGUACAUUUGUGGUAGAACUUGAACCCAUCCUGAUUCCUGCAAUACUGGCACUUCAAUGUAAAGAGUAGCCUGAUGCCCUAUCAGAGAAAAGGACUAUUAUUUGCGUUGUAGAAACAUGGGAUGCUUGCACCCAAGCACAGUAUCAGUUUCUUUUGUAAACUGUCAAACAUGAAGGACGCAAGAGAUUUUUCAGUGCUGAAACCUUUGAUUUA